AUGGCCAAACCAAAAUCGAAAGCAAAAUUCUUGUAUGCAAUCGGUAAGGAACGUGGUAACAGUUCGUGGUCGGAAAAUAGUUCUACAGAAAGUGAAAGAUCGAUAUUAACAGUGAACCCAGAAGGUUUGAGACACAAUUCCGAGGUUCUCAAACGACAACGCCAUUACCAAGAAUUUAAAAGACUUUAUUACAGCCGAUUAAAAAGUAAAGAAAGACGUGACGGUAGGAAGCAUGACGUUCAAGCAAAAUGGAUCGAAGCUGUAGCUGCUGCUAGAAGGAAAGAAAGUUCGGAUAAAAUCCCUAUACGCAGAAUGACAUCGUCGAAAAUUAGCCAUCGGCAAAAAAGUUACAUUGAUAAAAUCGUUAGCAAAUAUCAACACGCUCCUACGUCAAAGAAAUCUUCUUGUGAAUCCAUUAAAUUAAUGUACGCAGCAUUAUCUGCAGUAGGCGAAGAAAGAAAAAAAGAUCACAACAGACACAGCUCAGAAACACGACAUAGAGAUACAAGAGAAUAUGAGAAGGAACGAGAUAAACGAUCUAGCAGAGAUAAGCAUAUUGAAAAAGAUGAAGAAGAAGAAGAAUAUCAUAAACAUCGUAAAAGACGUCAUAGACAUGAUGAUGAAGAACCUGAACUACCAUUAGAAGAAGAAUAUUAUCGCACACAUCACAGACAUCAUGAAAAAGAAAGAAAUAGAGAUAUUUCACCUCCACAGAGAGAACACAAACACAAAAGACAUUCACUUGAAUAUGAUGAGGACGAAUUCGAACGUCGACGAAAAAUUUACGAAAAUUACCAAAAAUACAUAAGACGUCAUUCGGAAGAAAGAGACCAAAGGUAUAAAUCGGGCAAACAUCACUAUGACAACAACGAUUACAGAACACUUCGCCAUAGAAGCGACGAUAAUCCAUAUAGAAGUGAUCAUACUGAUAAACUGAAAAAGCAUGACAAAUAUAAGUACGAAAGAGAACAUAAAAGAUAUGAUAGCCCAGAAGAAAAGAUGCUGGAAGAUCAUUCGGGACAUCGCCAUCGAUCGAGAUCCAGUAGAAGUGGUAAAUAUCCAGACGAUGAAGAUUAUGAGAUGAUUGAACGGUUAGAAAGAUAUAUUAUGGAGAAAAAGAUUGGAAACACAACGGUGAAACAUCAUAAAAGUAGGCAGGAUAGACACGACGAUGAAAGUCCCAAGUGUUUCUUGUACUCUAAUCACAACACUACAAGAGUUGCAUCAACAGAUCAUUUUCCUGUAGAUAACAGAAGAUCAUCAUAUACUUGCCAUCACGUGGUAUUCGAAAGAGAAAAUAAACGAAAGAGCCCGAAAAGAACCAAGUCUAAACAAAUCCAAUAUGACGAAGAUGACGUUGAUACCCCACUUAAACAAGAAAAUACUAAAGAACUUCCAGAGAGAGAUGUCGAUAACGCAGAACAAAACGUGGAGACGCCACAAAUUCAAACGACAGCAACCAGCUCGCAAAAACUUUUGAUUGAACAAGAAAUCCAAUGUGUGCAGGUAGAAAAGAAAUCUCAAGCAAGCGAAACAAAGGUGAUUUCAAGAAUAACACCUUUAAAAUUACCCAGACCAAAAAGUAAUUUAAAACAAGAGAAAAAAUCAACUCAGUCAAGUACCUUAUGUUGUAAACCAAACAAGCCUGACAGCGCGAAUGCUUCACCAGUUUCAGGAACGAAAAAAACAGUGGCUAUUAAUAAACCUGAUUCUCAAAAUAAUCGCAAACAACUCAAGCGCAAAAAUGAAUCAGCCGAAACUGUGAGACCAAAAAAUCGGAAAGACCGCUCCUCACCUGUACCAAAUAAAAAAGAACCAAAAAAAUAUACUAAAAAUAAAUGUCAUGAUGCUUCAAAAUCGCCAUCAUUACUUUCUACUAUUAGCCAUAUGGAAGAAAGAGCAAUAAAAACAUUAGAAGCGCUUAAAGAUGCAGAAAAAAUUAUAACAAAUAAAAAAAUGUUUGAGAAAUCUCCGUCUGUUCAAAAUAGCGCCAUAAUAAAAGAAAUAAAAAAAGAACCAGAAAUUAAGAUAAACACUGAUGAUGUCAAAAAAUCGGUAGUGACGAAAAUAACCAGCUUUCAUCAACAGCAUCAGGAGGAACUUGAACAUAAACUUUUACUACUUAAACUACAAGAAUUGGAACGAAAACAAAGUCAGCUACAACAAAAAUAUGCUAAUAAUAGAGUACAAGGAAAGCGUGAUUCAAAUAACACUUUAGCCAGUAAAAAAGCGUCAAAAUCUCCAAUUGAAAAAAAUGAUUUGAAUAAAGAUAGUGAUUUAGCCACUUUUAAUUUAUAUUUAACUGAUAAAAUAACUAAAGAUACCGAUAAAUUAUCUCCAAAUUCAAGCGAUUUAUAUGGAAAAUUAAAGUUUCGUGAUAUUGAAGAAUACUCUAAUUCGCCAAAUACGAAACAAACAAAACAUGCCCCUAUAAAACGAAUUAAAUGGAAAGGUAAUGAAGAAAAAGACGAUUCUGAUUGGUUAGAUGUAAGAUAUGAAGAUAUAAUUGUUGAUAGGAGAUUUAAUUAUGGAACUGAUAGCAGUGAAAAUAAUUUAACAGGAGAUGAAUGUGACCGUCACCACAAAACCGCAAUGGAUUGGAAUGAUACAAUUCAAGAAGAAGAAACAACUGUAUCUAUUCCAAAUCUAAUUGAAUUAAAAGAGGAAGUAGUGGUCGAUUCUAACGUUGAUAAAGCAAUGGAAGCGUGUCGAGAAAAAUUAGUAGAAGAAAUAAGAAAAAUUAUUCUCGAACCUCUUUCCCUGUUAAAGUCUGAUUCAUCAUUAAGAGAUCAAAUGGAUCAAAAAAAUGGUUCGGUGCCUACAUCGGUACAUCCUAACUUAAUAUCAAAAGAUAAUAUAAGUAAAUCAAAAUUACCCAUUCGAGUAGAUAGUAAUUUAAGAAAAGUUGCUGUAUCCGAUGUAAAAGAUGAAUCAGAUUAUAAUGCAGAAAAGCUGAUAGAUAUUUAUCAUGAAAAUGGUUAUGAUAAUGAGGAACUUUUAGAGACGUUACAAAAAGUUAUUGAUUAUCAAAAAAUUCCGACUGCAUGCAACGAAUAA